AUGACGUCCUACGCGCUAGCAGGCAAAAAAGCUGUCAUCACCGGAGCCUCAGGCGGCAUCGGCUUCGCUAUCGCGUCGAGGUUUGCCAAAGAAGGCGCUCACGUUGUGUUAGCUGGACGAACAAGGUCUAAGCUCGAGCAGUCCCUCGCAAAACUUCACGAGACAACCGGAGGGCCGCAGGGUCUCCAAAUACCCCAGUUGCACGGCAUACACUGCUUGGAUGUGGGGGAGGGGAAGGAGUGGGAGGGGCUAGUGAAGGAGAAUGAAAUUGACUACCUGGUAAACUGCGCUGGCGAGUCACAGUCUUCUCUGCUCCUCCGCACCAGUCAAGAGGCCAUCCAGAAUCUGCUGGCGAGCAACCUGCGCGGCGUUAUAUUUGGGUGUAAGACGGUCGCCAAGCAGAUGGCGGCCCGGCGUCGUGGCGGUUGCAUCAUCAAUAUCUCGAGUUUACUGGCGCACAAGGCGGUCAUUGGGACAUCUGUUUAUGCUGCUACCAAAGCGGGCCAGCUAGGUAUGGCAGCACCACUGUUUCACCUCCAGCUACUCCUCUGA